AUGGAUCGAAUGGUCGCUGAUCGAAGUGACGGAAUCGAUUUAGCUUUUGAACGAGCUAAAGCAUGGACAAAAUAUUGUAAAGAUUUGCUAAAUCACGUAUCACGUCGGGUGCAAAUUGAUUUAGAACACGCAAAACGUGUACAAAAUCUUGCCAAUCAAUCAAAAACUGCCAUCAGUGAGCAUUAUUUACCGUUAAAAGAUGUAUUCGAAAAUAGCUUCGAAAAUGAUAUCGCAUUUUGUGAACAAACACAAGAAGCUGUAAAAUAUAUUCAGGAUAGGUUUAUUAAGUCAUUAGAAUUGAGACGGGACGAACAUGAAAGACAGCGAAGGACUUUAAAAAAUGAAUGGUUACGAGUAACGAAACAAGUUAAGGAUAUUCAACAAGAAUUGCAACGUGCACGGACGUUACUUGGUUCACGUGAUGAUGGUUAUCGGAAAGCGCAAGAAAUAUCCAUUCGAACGGAAUCCACUGGUCCAGCUGUUGGCACGGAACUUUUUCGACGUCGUAAAGAACUUGAAAAAAGACGGAAAAAUGAAGAAGAAGCACUAAACAAGCGAGAUGAAGCACAGAAUCAAGUUGAAAGACUGGAAGUGGAAUUGGAACGGCGGCAACAUCAUAUGGAAGAUACAAAGAUUCGAAUCGUCGGACAACUUAGGGAAUUAGUUUAUCGCUGUGAUCAAACAACAAAAGCUUGCUCAACGCAUUACUUUCAGGCAUUGGCAAAUUUGUGGGUACCGCAACCUGGAAAAUAUCACGAAUUUGCGGAUGCGACACGAACAUACAUUCCAGGGGCUGAAUACAUGUCCUUCUUACAAAAUCUUCCACGUCGUACUGUCUCCACUGGAUCACUUUUUCGAGGAGGUGACAAUGGUGACGGUAUAUCAUCAGAAAAUCAAACUUCUUCAUCUUCGUCCGUUUCAUCACAACGACGAAAUGCGAUCGAUUUAGCGGAUCAGGAUGUAAUCUUUGAACGAAAACAAAAGAAAAAUGCCGGCAUGUUUUGUUAA